AUGGCGGACUCUGUAGAUGAGGACCCGUUCCCUCUCGGUUUCUCUCCGCUCUGUGUUGCAGUGGUCCUUAUUGGUGACUCGGGGGUGGGAAAGAGUAACCUGCUGUCCCGCUUCACCCGAAAUGAGUUCAACCUGGAGAGUAAGAGCACCAUCGGAGUCGAGUUCGCCACACGCAGCAUCCAAGUGGACGGCAAGACGGUGAAGGCUCAGAUCUGGGAUACGGCCGGCCAGGAGCGCUACCGUGCCAUCACAUCAGCGUACUACCGCGGGGCCGUCGGCGCUCUCCUGGUCUACGACAUCGCCAAACAUCUAACUUAUGAGAAUGUGGAGCGCUGGCUGAAGGAGCUGAGAGAUCACGCCGACAGCAACAUCGUCAUCAUGCUGGUGGGCAACAAGAGCGACCUGCGUCACCUCCGGGCCGUCCCCACCGACGAGGCGCGGGCUUUUGCUGAGAAGAACGGUUUAUCUUUCCUGGAGACGUCGGCUCUGGACUCCACCAACGUUGAGACGGCCUUCCAGACCAUCCUGACAGGUCAGUACUGUGUUAGUCAGCCGGGAGAGACGUCCUCCACAUCUAAUCUUAUUUGUAUAGCGCCAAUUCCAUAAC